UUUAUUCUGUCAAGCCUUUAAUUAUGCAAAGGGUAAUCAGCUGCUCAUCGCAUCACUCACAGUUCAGUUUCGACCUCAUUGAAACUUUCGAUAUCUCCGUAGUCAUUCUAAAAUCCUUUCAACACCGGCAAAAACAGAAAAAGUCGAUAAAAAGGCCUGGAAAUCGGUAACACGAAUACUCGAGCAUACUCGGUCGUGCGUGUACUCUGAAAAUAAUUUUGUAGAUAAUCCAGCCUCUGAUUGGUUUGAAAUUUCUGUUUUUUCGUUUCCUUAGCGACAAUUAGGUUAAUACUUAUUAUUAGCCCAAUUUCUGUCUUGUUCUGCGUCAGUUUCAGUUCAUUUCACCCGACUGGGAAGGCUUAUUUUUUCUCUCGGCGACAUUUACCAGUUGAUCGCAAAAAGAGUUCAUGGAAAUUAAGAUGACUUUCCCUCACCGCCUGAAGUUUGCAUUAUUUUUUAUAUGUUGCAUGCAACAUGUAUAUGCUUCAAAUUCAUCAGUAAACGCGUCCAGCUCGUCCAUGUCGGCGGCGGCCAAUUCAUCCACGAUAACACAGGCAGACUCAUCAACGACAGUUGUUGCCCCAACAUCUGCAAUGUCUUCAGGUAGGGCGUACACCACAGAAGCACCAAUGACGGCGACAACAAAUGUGUCCUAUACAUCAAAAGCGUCCGCUACAACCAUAGUACCACCAACCUCAACAACUCACGAUACAACCACGUCACCAAGUGCUUAUGUGAACAAUGCAAGUGCGCAUGUCCUAACAUCAUCAUCCAUGUUCACCGCGCCCAAUGGUAAGAGACAUUUUUCUUUUCUUAAAAACCACGGAAGACAGAGUAGAAUGACUUUCCCUCACCGCCUAAAGUUUGUGCUUUUUUUGAUAUGUUACAUGCGACAUGCACAUGCUUGUUUAUCAACAUGCUCAUGCUUUUGUAUGGCGGCAAAUUCAUCGAUGAUAACACAGGCAAACGCAUCCACGACAGCUGUUCCUACAAUGUCUACAAUGGCUGCAGUAAAUAUAACAGCGUCUGAAGAUGGGACGAACACCACAGGUACCCCAAUGUCGGCGACAACAGGAGCGUCCGCUGCAGCCACAUUAUCUUCCAUGCAACAUGCACAUGCUUGUGCAUCAACAUGCUCAUGCUUUUGUAUGACGGCAAAUUCAUCCAUGAUAACACGGGCAAACCCAUCCACAACGGCUGUUCCUGCAAUGUCUUCAAUGGUUGCAGAUAAUAAGACGGCGUCUAAAGAUGAGACGUACACCACAGGUACCCCAAUGUCGGCGACAACAAACGCGUUCGCUACAGCCACAGCACUACCAAUCUCAACAACUCGCGUUACAACCAAGUCAUCAAGUGCUGAUGGGAAGAUUACAAGUGCCCCUGUCACAGUACCACCUUCCAUGUCCACCAUACAUAAUGAAUUGCCUGAUAAGACGUAUGGCUUUGUUGAAGUGAAACAAAAUUUCACGUACCUUGAAAAAGAAUACUGGAAACGUGUAAAUCUAUGUGAUAACGUUUCCCAGCGUCCGUCUCAGGUUGUUGUUGUUCAACUUUAAAAAAAUUGUUACAAAUCAUUCAUUUUACAACCAAGAGGUAUUACAGUGUAAUAAAACCGACAGGAAAAAUACCCUACACAAAUGGAGUGCUUUUGGAUUGAGUGUUUUAAACCCAAAACUAAAGUUAUCAGAGAGGGCCAAUCAGAAGAAAGGAGAAAUACCUUUCAGAGCCAAUAAGAUUCAAAAUA